UAUCCCAUUGUCCUUGCCCAAGUCGAUCAGUCCAAUCUUACCAAGGUGUUCCAAGUCGACCCAAAACGGCACUUGGUUCGGACAGGAACAAUAUCGCCAGAGGACAGACAGGUAUCUACUAUUGCGCAAUUCCGGGCAAUCGACUACGGGAUGGAGAACUGUCAGCUUCACAUCUCAGUGCCCACAUCUGCAUCUGAACUAGUCAUGCAGCCAGAACAAUCGUUCUCGCUUUCGGUUCAUCAACUUGACACUUCCACGCCCCUCAACGUUGUCGCACUUUCGUACUAUUCAAAACCACGAAGGGUUGCAAACGUAGGCGACAUUCAUGUUAAAUUCGGCUAUCCGACGUUCUGGCACACAAAUUUUACGUGUAAAAGCGAGGAAUUGCUGGCCUUCGAGCUUUCCUGUUCAACAUCAAUUGUAGAAAAUCCCUGCAGUAUUGGAUGGUGGCAGUCUAAAGAAAAUCCUGGAACUGGUAAG